AUGUCGACAGUCAGAAAAGUUUUCUCAGAUGCAUUGAAAAAUCGGAUUCGCCGGCCCAGUUUGUUUUCAAAAUUAAUAACCGCAGAGGAUCUUAUCUCAAGUGGAUAUUUUAAAGAUGGAAUGCGAAUGGGAUGGUCAGGAUUUACAGGUGUUGGAUACCCAAAAGAAAUACCCGUAGCUUUAGCGAAUUAUGUCGAAACAAAUAAUCUUCAAGGCCAACUAAAAUUUGAACUAUUUAUCGGAGCUAGUGUUGGCUCGGAAACAGAAAAUAGGCAAAAUGGGAUGAUAUCACGCCGUUAUCCAUAUCAAGUUGGAAAAGACAUUCAACGAGAGAUUAAUUUGAAUCACAUAAAGUUUGCAGAUAAACAUCUUUCGGAAUUUCCACUGGAUUUGGUUUCCGGAUACUACACACUAGAGAAAAGAGGAGACACAAUGGAACAUCUUGACGUAGUAAUAUGCGAAGCCACUGCAAUUACCGAAGAAGGCAACAUCGUGCCUGGUGCAUCUGUUGGCGCAACACCGGAAAUUGUGCAAUCAGCACGUGAGAUUAUUAUUGAAGUGAACACGGUUUUGCCAAAUUUCGAGGGUCUACAUGAUAUCACUCUUAGUAAGUUUGCGCCAUACAAAUUUCCGAAUUUGAUUCAGAGAGUUGAUGACCGUGUUGGAGUGCCAUAUAUCCAACUUGACACUGACAAAGUUGUAGCUAUCAUUGAAUCAAGGCAUAAUGACAAUACGACAGAAAGUGAAUCAAAAGAUGAAACAUCAAGGGCAAUCGCUGGACACAUCCUCGACUUUUUUGAACACGAAAUAAAAAUGGGUCGUAUGCCGAAACAAUUAUUACCAUUACAAUCUGGUGUUGGAAAUAUCGCUAACGCUAUUAUUGGUGGUCUGGCGGAUGGUCCGUUUGUGGAUGUAGAAGUAUGGACUGAAGUUAUUCAAGAUACUUUCCUCGACUUCUGGGAACACCACAAACUAAAAUUUGCAUCGGCAACUAGUGUCGCAUUCUCGCCGACCGGAUUCCGACGGUUCUAUGAAAUGUGGGAAGAGUUGAAAGAUCGAUUGGUGUUACGGAACCAGACCGUUAGUAAUUCACCAGAAAUUAUUCGACGGUUAGGCGUAAUUGCUAUGAAUACUCCAAUCGAGUUCGAUAUAUACGGACAUGCAAAUUCUACACAUGUAAAUGGAUCAAGAAUUUUAAAUGGUCUUGGUGGUUCCGGUGACUUUUUACGGAAUGCGAAAUUAAGUAUAAUGCAUACACCUUCAGUGCGACCGACAAAGAAGGAUCCCACAGGAAUAUCAUGUAUAGUUCCAAUGUGCUCACACGUAGAUCAUACUGAACACGACCUUGAUGUCUUUGUCACCGAACAAGGUCUAGCCGAUGUUCGAGGGUUGUCACCAAUCGAGCGUGCACGUUCAAUCAUUAAACAUUGCGCGCAUCCCGACUACCAGCCAAUCUUGAACGAUUAUUUGAACCAAGCCGAAAAGAAAUGCAUGGCUAGGAUAGCAGCGCAUCAACCGCAUAUGCUUGAUCGCGCGUUUAAGAUGCAUUUAAAUAUGAUGAGCGAGAAUGAUACGAUGAAAAUUGAUAGUUGGUAA